AUGUCUAUUAACCGGCACUGUGUCCGUAUUGCUCUCAUGGUCCCAGGUGUGGUCAUGGGAAAGAAAGUAACAAGAGAGUCUCUGCUGCCCUCGGUGCUGGAAGACGACGGUCCAGAGACGGAGCAUGAGGGAGUGGAACUGGGCGGGAUUGGGAGCCGGCCACCGAGCAGACCCAGCAAGGCCUACAGCAGAGGGAGUGUCGACAACCAGUGUAUGGGAUUAGACACGGGCAGAGACUGUAACCCUGUCCGAUGGCUCCUCACUGGGGCGGCCAGGUGGGGAGUUGGGGGGAGGCGAAAGGAGGAGGAGGAGGAGGAGGAGGUGAUGGGUGAAGGGAGGAGGAGCACAUUGAGUGGCAGGCAGACGAGUGACGUCACGUCAGGCACUGUGGACGAGGACUACGACACAGACCUGGAUCUGAAAGAGCCAGAGCAGCCUUACGACCCCACUGGCGAGGCUCGCUACAGGGAAGCCUGCAAAUCACUUGGGGUCAUCCCUGCCUCCUACUUCCUUAGAAAUAUGCACCACAGUGAGCUAAACAUGACUCACCAUGGCCUCGGACCCCAGGGUACCAAAGCUCUGGCAGUUCCCUUGGUAACCAAUCUCAGCAUCAUGAGGCUGAACCUGCGGGAUAAUUGGAUGGAGGCGACGGGCGGGUCUGCCAUGGCUGAGCUGCUGAAGGAGAACUGUUACAUCACAGAAAUCGACCUAUCAGAGAACAGACUGGGAGAGAAGGGAGCUGAAGCUCUAUCCAGUAUGCUUUUGGAAAAUACCACCUUAGUGUCACUCAGCCUCUCAGCCAAUGAUCUCAAUGACAAAGCUGCCAAUCACCUGUCACUGGCGAUUACCACCAAUCAAAGACUGGAGAGAAUGGACCUCAGUCACAACAAACUGGGAGAUGCAACAGGGGAGGCCCUGGGGCACGCAAUAGCUGAGAAUACCGGCAUGAAGUCCUUAAGUCUGGCCUGGAACUGCAUCCGAGGGAGAGGAGCCAUAGCUGUAGCCAAAGGUCUCGGGGCAAACAUAUUUCUGCGGAAGCUGGAUCUGUCCUACAAUGGCCUGGGGAAGGCCGGAGCUGUAGCCCUCGGGGAGGCCCUGAGAGAGAACAACACUCUGGAGGAGCUGGACAUCAGUAACAACCGCAUACCCCCAGAGGGUGCGAUCCGAUUUUCGAUUGGCCUUAAAGUAAACAAGACAAUCAGAAUUCUCAAGAUGGCGAGGAAUCCCAUGCAGUCUGCAGGUUGCUUCGGAAUUCUCACCUCAAUCCAAUCUAACCCAGCUUCAGUAAUGGAGUACUUGGACUUUAGUGACAUCACAGUAAAUCUAGAUUUUGAUGCAUUGUACAGUACUACGAAGGAAACAUUUCCCAGUCUACAGGUCAAACAUGGUGGCAUAGUGAAUGUUUACAAGACUUCCAUCUGAGGAUUACAUCAGCUUACUUUGUUAAAUGAUAAAAGUCAUUAUGUAGGCUAAGUCUUAAUGUAAUGCAAUAAACAUAAUGUAAUGAUGGAUUUUAACAUGCUCAAAAGUCAGCCAAUAGGCCUAAGUAGGCUACUGAUUAAUGAAUGAGGUUAUAACUUUGUCUGAGUAGAUUUGUCUUUCCUUUGUAAUAAUAUGCAUAAUGUGGCCUGAUACUGCAUCUUCUUUGCCUGACAAUAAAGGUUGAUAAACGCCAGAUGUUUGAUCAUCAAGCCUUUGUUCAGAUGCGUGUCUACUUGAUAUUGU